GAAAUACCGAGUCGUCAAGAGAGGAACUCGUACGCCGCCGCCAUCUUAUCCUAUAAUCGGUUAAAAAAUAUAUAUAUAUAUAAUUAUAAUACAUGUAAUAUAUUAUACAUAACAUACAUAUAUACAUAAAAGUGUGUAUGUAGAUACGCAUACGUUUAUAUAGAUAAUUAUUGUAUUCGUUAUUCGCGUCGUGAUAAUAUAAUAUCGUUUUUCGAUUCGAUCCGGCCGUGUCAGUCUGUGUCGUCCUGCGUUUUUAUCAGACUUUUUGACCGUCGACGCGCCCCGUUCCGCACUCACGCACAUCUCGGCCUGCCGAUCGUCGUCGUCCAUACCCGUUCAACCGCUUUGACCUACGUCCGACAUCAAAAUGGGGAAUGUUUUUGCAAAUCUGUUCAAAAAUUUAUUCGGCAAAAAGGAGAUGAGAAUACUUAUGGUAGGAUUAGAUGCAGCUGGUAAAACAACAAUUUUAUACAAAUUGAAAUUAGGUGAAAUUGUUACCACUAUACCGACUAUUGGUUUCAAUGUGGAAACUGUCGAGUACAAAAACAUCAGUUUCACAGUGUGGGAUGUUGGUGGACAGGACAAAAUCCGACCACUUUGGAGGCAUUAUUUCCAAAACACACAGGGUUUGAUUUUCGUAGUAGACAGUAAUGAUAAAGAACGUAUUUUUGAAGCUAAAGAAGAGUUAAUGAGAAUGCUUGGUGAAGAUGAGCUUAGAGACGCCGUAUUAUUGAUAUUCGCUAAUAAACAAGAUUUGCCGAAUGCCAUGAAUGCAUCUGAAAUUACUGAUAAACUAAGCUUACACACGCUACGCAAUCGUAACUGGUAUAUUCAAGCAACGUGCGCAACUAGUGGUGAUGGUUUAUAUGAAGGUCUUGACUGGCUGUCAAAUCAAUUGAAAAAUGCCAACCGUUAACCGACUCCAAACUACAUUAUUAUUAUUAUAAAUAUUUAAAUAAUAAAAAAAAACUUUAUUUGUAAUUCGUGAAAACAAACUUAAGCAUAAUAUAUUAUAUAUAUAUAUA